UGUGUUGGACUUGCAGAUGAUUUAUUCUUAACUGUGGCUUUAAAUCUUUAGAUUUCCGCGGCGAAGUGAAAUUCUGUGGACGCAAUGAUCGACGGCGGUUUAGAUGAUCGCGACAUUGACAUGAUGGUCGAGGAGACUGACGAUAGUGGACUGAGCGUUGAACAAACUGAAAAAUUGAUUCAGUUUCAGGAAAUUACCGGCGUCAGUGAUUUGGGGCGAUGCAGGUCUUUGCUGGAGCAGAAAAACUGGCAACUGGAAGACGCUGUUCAGGAACAACUCGGCUUUGGCGAUGUUUAUCAGCAGCCUCAAGAAAAUGAAUUGCGAGUCCGCAAUAUCGGCCGGCAACAGGUCGAAGAGAUUAAUCGGCGUGUGGCCCCUAAUCGACCUCGUGACGAUCGGGGCAUUUGGCCCGUGAGGAUUUUCUGGAGGACAUUUCGAAGUAUCGUAACAACGAUGCUGGAGUUGCUGGAGCAGAUUUUCAAUUCAGUGUUCUUACGAGUGCAGUACAGACGCCCGGAUCCGCGAGAAGACGUCCAAGCCUUCAUCGCGGACUUCAGGGCGAAAUACGUGACGAAUGGCUUGUGUCCUCCGUUUGUCGACCUUGCUUAUCGACAAGCACUCGAACAAGCCAAACGAGAGCUCAAAUUUCUCAUUGUUUACCUCCACAGUGCGGAGCAUGUAGAUGUUCCAAAAUUUUGCAUGGAAAGUUUGUGUAACAAAGAUGUGGUGGAUUUCCUGACCACGAAUUCGUUGCUUGUUUACGGAUGCUCGGUGACGUCCACCGAUGGUUACAAUGUUUCUGAGAUAAUGCGUGAGACGGACUAUCCGUUUGUUGCCUUGGUUUGUUUGAAGAAUAACCAGAUGACUAUUGUUGAGCGUCUCGAAGGCACUGCUCCUCCGGAGAAGUUCCUGGCGUUCCUGCGAACUGGAAUCGCGUCAAAUGAAAUUCAUCUCACUGCCGCUCGACUUGCGAGGGAAGAACUAAAUGCUUCUCGAGAGCUGCGAGCCCAACAAGACAGAGCGUAUCAGGAGUCAUUAGAGCGAGACAGACAACUGCAAAUGGAAAGACAAGCCGUGUUGGAUGCGGAAAAGCGAGAAGUGGAUCGAAAGGCGUUGAUUCUGCGCCAGAAGGUGGAUUUUGUCAGUCGUUUGGAGCCGGAACCGGAUGCGAAACAGCCUGGGGUGUUUACCAUUAAUGCGACUUUGCCUAAUGGGCAGCGGCUCAUGCGACGCUUUCUGCCGCAGCACAAACUUACCGCGCUGUUUUAUUUCGUGUUCUGUCAUCCGGAUUCACCGUCCGAAUUCGAGCUGGUGACGAGUUAUCCGAAGCGCACGAUUCCGUGUCGACCAGCCGAAGUGCCGGUCGACUUCAACCCGCUCGACACCGACGACGGCAUUGAUCCAAGUGUCGAUGCCGGGCUUACCUUUGAGGACUUGCAGCUCACUUCGAGCCAAGUUGUGCGCGUGAUCGACCUGGAAGCCUGAAAACGCUGUGAUUUUUUCCACGCCCACUUUCAACAAACUAAAAAAAAACGAACCAAGUCCGUUUGCGCGAGAGUUUUUUUUUUUUUUGCUUUUUUCAAAGGACUAGUUUUAGUUGUGGAUACUUCUUGGCCAUAAAAAGAGAACCGGGAAUUUCGAAACGAAAGUAAUUCCUUCUUUUUUGUGCUAUUGUUUUCUUGGAAUUAAAUAGCUCCCUUUUCGCCUUUCAUUUCGAUAUAUCGUUCAUGAGGGAUCAAACUCAGUUUUACGAUUACUUUUCCUCAAAUACGGCGCGAUUUUAUUCUCGAAUCCAUCUCUUUACUUCGAAAAAUCUUGUGGGUUUCCGUCAGAUUUACUUGAUUCGGGAAUUUAGUGUGAUCUAAUCUCUCGUACCCAGAUCCUCUUUUUAUGGCCGGGGCCAUUUCCAUUCCGGAGUUUUGUGAAUAGAAUCUUGGGAUUAGAAUACUAUUAUCAUUUGAAGAACGUGGCUGAAGGAAGAAUGCGAGAUUGCGUAAAUCUUUUUGGUGUUCAAUUUUUUCAUGUCCAGUGUGAUGACUGCGUUUAAAACGUGAAUAUUCCGGGGAGUCUUGAACAUAUGAUGAUUUGAUAGAAUGCAAAUUUAACUUCCCAUUGACAAAACGAGAGUUUGGUGCCUGGGAAAAGAAAGGACAUUUGUUCUUAGGAUAAAAUCCUCUGUGAUUCAUUCCCUUUAAUCUGAAGGACAUUCGAGGGAUGAGGACUUUUUUGUGACGAUCUCGUAACUUCUUUUUGCUGAUCCCUCUCUUUUUCAGGUACCAAGCAGGUUUCUUAGCCCCAGAAAAAAUCUGCUUCAUGCCAGAAUUCAUCGCCGUUCUUUCCCUCUCAUUGUUCCAAAUCGCUUUGUGCAAAUUUUUGAAAUCUUUUGUCACUGACUCCACGAAAUAUUCGUUUUUCUUAGUGAAUUGGUGCAUGACUCAUAGUGUUCGGUUGAUGAAGAGAGAAAAUUUAUGAAAU